AUGGCGGACGAGUAUAAUUCAGCUGAAACAGAAAUUCAGCCUUCGAUUUCUAGGGUUCCUAGCCAUGGUGGUCCUGAACUGAGCUCUGGAAGACCCGACGAGUGCAGAGAACUCGUCAAUGAGAGAUCUAUGCUUUCUAGCACUCAUCAACCAAUGGCUGAACAUGAGUCAGAAUCCCCCACAAACGCUCGAGAUGAUGUUUGGGACAAGAAAGAUUUGACUGAUGAGAAAAGAUUCCCAUUUGAAGAAUUUACUGCAGGACUUUCACUUGACCAUGAUGCAGGAGUGGCCCAUAAGGGUGAGGAGGACACUAAUCGUACAAGGAUACAGGGCGAAACGCAAAAAUGUGCCUUGGAAUCUCCGGAGUCUAUGUUUGAACAUAAUUCUAGGACCAGUUUAGCAGAAAAACAAAUGUCUAGAAUUGAUGAUGUCAGCAGUAAAGUUACCUCAUCCUCUGUAGCUGUUAAUGAUAAUAAUUUUCUCCAGCAACAAAUGAAGAAGCUGGAGAGGCAUGUUGAACUUUUAGACUAUGAACCGGAUGGUGUUUGUCAAAAUGAAGUUCCCUUUUUCGGCAAAAUGGAUGAAAGUAAAAAAGAUGAUUUUCGUUCUCCUUGUAAAAAGGCUGUGAUCGGGAAACAUAAAAAAUCUUUCUACCCGCAAGUAGACGAGGUAGAAAAUGUCAGCGAAGACUCAACUUGGGCAGUUGGAUUGCCAAGUGAUCAGAAUCAAAAUUCAGAUGUCCCCUCACCAGAAGAAAAAUACUUUUGUUAUGACCCUCCACUUUUUGGGGAAACGGGGUCUUGGAUUCCUGUUUCUGUGCCACCAAUGUCAGAAAGUGAGCAUGAAGAGUGGAGCAGAGGUUUUGGCUUGAGUGCAGGUUAUCUUCCCGAGGAAGAUAUGGGUUGGAGUCAGAUGAUUUGUGAAGACAAAGAAUUGACAAUGUGGGAUGUUGUGUUGGAGAUAUUACUUGUAGCACGAGGCAAAGUCAGUGCCCUCACUUCUGGUGAUUUUGAUACAGUGUCAUGGAUAUCUGGUCACCUAAUCGAGCAAGCCUGGAAAGAGAUGUCUGAGACACUCACUGGAGUUAGUUUCGGCAACACUCAAGAAAUUCUUGAUGCAGAGCCACCAAAAUGGCUGCCCGAUAGUGCAGCUUCUGCCUGCAUGUUGUGCAGCUCAAGGUUUCAUCCAAUUUUGUGUACUAGGCAUCAUUGCCGUUUCUGUGGUGGUUUAUUUUGUGGAGAGUGCAGUAAAGGGAGGAGCUUGUUGCCAGAAAAGUUCCGGUUGUCGGAUCCUCAACGCGUGUGUGAUGUUUGUUGCGUUCGCCUUGAGUCUGUGCAGCCAUACUUAAUGGAUCACGUGAGCCGUGCUGCACAAUUGGCAACACAUGAUCUGACCGACCUGAGUACCUUAAGAUCUUGGGUGAAUUUCCCCUGGGGACAGUCAAUGGAAUACGAGAUUUAUAAGGCUACUAAUACUGUUCGGGGUUACAGUAAGGUUGGUUCUCUGACACAUGAAAAGAAAAUUCCUGAAGCAAUUCUGCGAGAUGCAAAAGGGCUGGCUAUACUUACGGUUGUUAAAGUGGGAAUGAUGAUCACAUACAACAUUGGAACUGGAUUGGUGGUUGCUCGUAAGGAAGAUGGUUCUUGGUCACCCCCUUCUGCCAUUUCUACUUUUGGCGUGGGCUGGGGUGCUCAGGCUGGAGGAGAGUUGACUGAUUUCAUUAUAGUGCUACGAAAUAGUGAUGCUGUGAGAACCUUCAGUGGUGAUACACAUCUAUCAGUUGGAGCGGGAGUGAGUGCCGCUCUUGGUGUAAUUGGACGAACUGCCGAAGCUGAUCUACGAGCUGGUGUCAGCAGUUAUGCUUCUUGUUAUACAUAUAGUUGCAGCAAAGGUGCUUUUGUUGGAUGUUCCCUGGAGGGAAGUGUUGUGACAACUCGCAAGCGAGAAAAUUCCAGAUUCUACGGAUCCCAAUCAUUAACUGCAUCUGAUAUUCUUCUUGGAACAUUGCCAAGACCUCCUGCUGCAGCCAUUCUCUACCGUGCUCUAGGAGAAUUAUACCAGAAGCUGUAA